GUGUCUGUUAGUUACUUCCAAAUGUUUCUUUUCAGUCUUGACUGCAUAACAACUAUCGCCAACAUGGCAUCACCAACUAGCAUUGCCAGGUUGUGAAAGGCUGAAUGUUAUAUACACCAUUAUCUUCACAGAUCCAUGGACAUGAGGCAUGAUCGAUUGUCUGUCUUGUGGAAACUGUCUCUUAACAUAAAACGUCUGCAGCUGCCCAAAUAUGAGUUUGGAAAGCACAGCCUCUUCUUAUCAUCAUAAUGGAAGAGCAGCUAGUUGGUAAGACAAAGAUUGCCCAGAAAGCUACAGCGGGAGGAGAUUCGCUGUCCUUCGUAAACUUACUGAAAGUCCACAGAGAAUUGCUAGUCGAUCGAGUCCGCAACACCCAGUGUUUGAUUGACAACUUGAUUAAGAAUGACUAUUUCUCCAAGGAAGAUGCAGAGAUUGCUGCACAGUAUUCAACGCAAGCAGACAAGGUUCGUAAAAUUCUGGAUCUAGCCCAGAGUAAAGGUGAGGAAGUUGCAGAAUAUUGCCUAUAUGUCCUGCAGCAAGUUGCUGAUGCUUACUAUGACUUACAUCCCUGGCUGGAAGAGAUUGGCUUUCACCCAUCAGAAGUCAUUUGUAACAAAGCUGUGGAAAAUACCGACCCGGUCAGUAGAUAUAAGCAGAAACUCAAAGAUGAAUUGGGCCGAGAUACAAAGUUCAUCAUGUCAUAUGCCCAAAAGGAGGACAUGUUGCUUGAGGAAACAUAUUCUGCCAACAUUAUGGAGUUUAUCAAUCACAAAAACGAGAAACUCAGUAAUGUGGAUGCCUUAGAAGAUCUGCUUGCUGACAAUAUUGGCCUGAUCAAUGAAAAUGGAGAGACCAUCUAUAUCUUUGGGGAUGCUGGAAUUGGAAAGUCCAUAAUACUGCAAAAGAUGCAAAAUCUGUGGUCCAAGAAUGCCUUUGACAUAGGGGCCAAAUUCUUUUUCCGUUUCCGAUGCCGGAUGUUCAGCUGCUUUAAGCAGGAAGAAGCCAUUUGUUUAAAAGACCUUCUCUUCAAGUAUAACUGUUUCCCAGAUCAGGAUCUAGAGGAGGUUUUCAACUUUAUUGUAAAAUUUCCUCAUACAGUCUUGUUCACAUUUGAUGGCUUUGAUGAGAUUCAUUCUGAUUUUGAUGUCAGUAGUGUUCCUGAAGUCUGCUCUCCCACUGAAUCUAUCCACCCUCUUGCUCUGCUGGUGGGCCUCCUCAGUGGAAAACUUCUGAAGGGAUCUAGGAAAAUUUUGACAGCCAGGACAGGGACGGAAAUUGAUAAAAACAUUGUCCGGAAGAAAGUACAUCUCCGAGGGUUUUCCGAUAGUAACUUGAAAGACUAUACUAAAAUGUUCUUCAAAGAUGAAGGGUGUCGGACUUUGGUUUUGAACCAACUGGAAGCCAACCCAAAUCUAAGCAGUUUAUGCUCGGUGCCAUUAUUUUGCUGGAUUAUCUUCAAAUGCUUUGAACAUUUCCACUCUGCAUUUGAUAGCCAUGAGCUCCCAGACUUUACUGUCACUCUAACGGAUAUUUUCUUGCUCAUGACUGAAGUCCACCUGAACCGCAUGCAGAAGACAAAUUUGCUAAAGAAGAACAACAGAAGCCAAGAAGAGACAUACAGGUCCAAUAAAGAGAAAUUGUUUGCACUCAGUAAAAUAGCCUACUUGGGGAUGCAGAAGUCUCUUUUUAUCUUUGAGCAAGAGGAAGUCCUCAUUAACCUCCCUGAGCAGGACUUACAUUUAGGUUUUCUCAGGGCAGUUCCUAGUUAUCGGGGCAAUGUAGACCAAUCUGCCUAUGAAUUCUUGCACUUGACCUUGCAGUCAUUUUUCACAGCUUUUUUCCUGGUGACUGACGAGAAAGUGGGGUCCAAAGACAUGCUGCAGUUCUUUGCUGAAUGCUCCAUGCAAGACACCACCCUGUCUUCCUGCUUCCCUCUUGCCUGGUUGAAAAAUUACCACCCAACAGGAGUGGAUCUUUUCCGAAAUAAAGAACACUUUCAUUUUACUAAUCUCUUCCUGUGUGGCUUGCUUUCCAAGGCAAGGCAGAAGCUCUUGAGGCAUCUGGUUCCUCUGACCACAGUCAAGAAGAAAAGGAAGAUUCUUCUUGACUAUUUUUUUGAAAGCAUGAAGUCUCAUCUGAAGGGUCUCUCUCGGGCAAGGCUGAAGGAAUACAAACAGGUGCAAGUAAUGCCAAACUUUAUUUGGAUGCUGAGAUGCAUCUAUGAGACUCAGAAUGAGAAAGUUGGCAAGGGGGUUGCCAAAAGCAUGCGUGCCAAUUACAUCAAGCUGACAUACUGCAAUGCUUACUCUGCUGACUGUAGUGCCAUCUCCUUUGUUAUGCAUCAUUUCCAGAAGCGCUUGGCCCUUGAUCUGGACAAUAACAACAUCAACGAUUAUGGGAUCAAGCAGCUGCAGCCUUGCUUUAGCCAUCUGGCAGUACUCAGGGUGAGCGUGAACCAGAUCACAGAUCAAGGUGUAAGAGUGCUUUAUGAGGAGUUGUCCAAAUUCAAAAUUGUGACUUAUUUGGGCUUGUACAACAAUCAGAUUACAGAUAUUGGAGCAAAGUAUGUGGCAAGACUCAUUGAGGAAUGUCCAAGUCUCAUCUAUGUUAAGAUAGGAGCAAACAAAAUAACAACUGAAGGAGGGAAAAGUCUUGCUUAUGCCAUCCAGAAGAGUAAAACAAUGUAUGAAAUUGGAAUGUGGGGAAAUCAGAUUGGGGAUGAAGGAGCAAUAGCUUUUGCAGAAGCACUGAAAAAUCAUCCCACCUUAACUAAUAUCAGUCUUGCAUUCAAUGGCAUCACUACAGAAGGGGGUAAAAGCCUCGCAGAAGCAAUGAAACACAACAGUUCUGUAAAUAUAUUUUGGCUAACAAAAAAUGAGUUGGAUGAUGAAGCAGCUGAGAGUUUUGCCGAAAUGGUAAAGGUUAACAAGAGAUUGGGCUAUCUGUGGCUCAUCCAGAAUCAGAUUACUACUCGAGGAGCCAAGAGUUUAGCUGAUGCUCUCCAGGACAAUACAGCUCUUAAAGAAAUCUGCUUAACUGGAAACCCAAUAACCGAAGAGGAGGCCAAAGUCUUUGAAAAGGAAAAGAGACUCAUUUGCUUUUGAGAAAGGUUUUCCAGAUUGGAUGGUGGUUGUCAUGCCAAGACUGUUACAGCUUUGCCAGAAGUCAGAGCAAUCCCAGAAGCCUGGGCAAAAUAGACAUGGAGCUUGCCUCCCUUGUGCUUGAACAAUACGAUUGGCCCUGGGUGUGCAUCUUGUGACUGAUACUUGAAAGGAGGACAUUGCUUUAGUAAUUAACCCCUUCUACCCUAACAACAUUUGUGUUAGGUUUCUGGGAUGAUUCUGGUUUUAUGCCAGGGCUCAAGAUCCAUCAGCAGAAACCUGAUUCAGAAGACCUGCCGUUAAAGGACACUGAAACUCUUUGGAGGAUCAGGAGUGAGUGAGGCUCACAGCUCAUCCACACAACAGCUACUCCUGGCUGCCUUCUCCCUUACUCCAGCCCACCCAAAUGCUUGCCCAUCCAUUUCUUUGUUUUAGCUGUGAGUUAGGGGGGAGGGAGACAUUUGGAUGCUGCUGCUGUUACAGAAUUAGACCCCCUAGUGAAUCCCUUUCUAUCAUCUGCUCACCAAUGGAACACAGAAAACUGCCUCCCAUAAGUCCUGCCUUUGACGCCAGCCAUGAUCCCUUUGACUGGUACUAAAGGAAAAUGGCAAGAUGGAUUUCUCAGAUAUCUAGUGUGGGUAUUAGUACCUAAGGUUUAGACCUGAUUUUGCAUUAUUUGGGGAGUUUAAGGAAGAAACAUGAGAGCUUGCAUUCUCAGCAAAGGUUAUGGCAAAGAGUAUAUUUGUACAUGGGUGUCCAGGGUGGUCCAUAGAUACAGUGACUGGCUUCAAAGUCACAGGUGAAGCCAGACAGUGGAACUCCAGACCCUUUUUAAUGUGUGACGCACGUUUUAUGCAUAAAAAAGGGCAGAGUUUGAUCACCUGGUUACACUCAUUUUGAAGCCAGUGACCAUCACUGCAGACACCCCUGUGUGUGCAACUGUAUUUUGCUACUGGUUCACAUGGAAUAUGUGCCCAUUCAUUCCUAUAUCCCAGGGAGAAGAGAGGAAAUACAUCCAACAUGCCCAUAUAAGUUGCCCUUAGUUAUAUUAAAAGUGGUUUAGUCAAAUGACUGGGUUAGUAUGUUACAGAAUGUUAAAGAUAUAUAUCUUCUGCUCUUAAAAAAUUCUCUUUCUAGUGUUUUUGGUAUCUCUGAGGAUGUUUAAUAAGGGCUGGAUGUCAGCCUCAAUAUGUUGGAAGUGUAGCAUGGUGCGAAUGACAGAUACUUGGGGGCUGCUCCACUGUGGUCCCUUUUUGGUCCAGUAUUAAUAAAUGCACUAACAGGGUAUUGGGAAGGGAAAUAAAAAGUUGAACAAUAUAUCAGUAAUUUGGAAUUUAACAGCAUAUGAAGUAACUCUGCAUUUAUUGGACAUGGACUGUAGCUGAAAAAAAUGUUUGAUGGACAUAAUCUCUUAUACCUGAUGUUAAGCUUGGGCUGAUGAAAUAUAUUCACUCUCCAGCUAUUAACUUGUUUCAUAUCAUGUGGAAAAAAGCCACCAAUAUGUAGUCAAGAUAUAAUUUGUUGAAUA